CAAUUGCUUUAUUUCUUUAGGAUGACACGCUUAAAGCACAGAUGCAAUCAUUCCUGCUAUCAACUGCAAGCCAACAAGAAAUCACGAACUUGGAUGCUAAGGUACAGUAUAUAGUGUAUUACUUGUUGUCCUUGGCAGUGAAAGAACUUGUGGUCUUCAAAUGAAAUCGAAUAUCCCAAUCGGGAUUCGAACCCUACGUUUCUGGUUUAAAUACGAGUGAUUGUACCACUGACCAUGGAGUGGGAUGCCCGAUUUGGUAACUUUCGCAGGAAUAUUAUAUGUAUGCCCUCAGUGUGGGAUAUCCAAUUCACAUAUACGACUCCAGCUUUACAAAUAUGAUUGUCGCGUACGAUUAAGGGCAGUCCAGCGAUGAACAAUAGUUUCAUUUAUUGAAGUUGUUUUCCUAUUAAAUGAAGGAAAAUGGGAAGAAGGAAGAGCGUUGCAAAUUUUUUCAGCAAGUGUUUCGACUUAAUUCGAGUACCACAAGCAAGAUUGGAUUUUGGUGGAAAUGCUGGGGGAGGUGGAAGAACAUUUCGGGGAGGUGCACUGUGAUGUUAGGGCUUAGAACGCAGCCCCCUGAAGUCAAUGCAUGUACACUGUACUUAGCCUCCUCCGCAGGCAUCUCGUAGUUCACGUACUUCAGAAAGUCGGUGAGAUUUUUUUGCCUGCAAGAAAUUUUGCCCGAUAAUCGAAAGGCGAUGCCUGCGGAGGAGGCUACACUGUACUGUAUAUGUCUAUCAAUGUAUUUAUGAAAUAUGACUCUGUUACUCAUCCAAUUUCGUCUCGUUACAACACUGCGAAGUUUCUUUCGAAACAUUGCAUGAAUUAAAAUGGUAAUUGACACAGAGGUGAAUAUGAGUAUCACGUUUUCAAAACAUGAAAAUUAAAUGUCAAAUUUUGACUCUGAUCCAUCAUUUGACUUUCUUCAAGGGAGGGUGCAUGAAUUUACAGGUAAGGUGCAAAACGAUCUGAGGGGAGGUGUGCAUCUCCCACCCCUAGCCCACAAAAUCUCGCCAUGUCCACACGUUACAACGGCACAAUGGCACAUGGUACUGUACUGUGGAUAAGUUCGUUAUUCGACUGUUCACGAAGUUGAGGAUUAGCUCCUACAAGUGUACAGUAUGACAUUGUUGCAUUUUAAUUAUUGGUUGGUCAAACAAGGUGGAUACGAGCGCGGUGUAAUUUAACGUUUUUUUUUUAGAUCCACGAAACGGUCGAAACAAUCAAUCAACUGAAAGUCAGUAGGGAGUUCUUUUUAGGAUUUGCACAAGGACCUCAGGUGAGAAUAUGACUUCCAAGUAUAGGUUAUGACCCAGGCUGGCGCUUCUUUUUCAGCCAAGUGCCAUGUACGUACGCAAUAUCUGCGGUUGGUACCACAUCACCAGCAAACGUUCCAAGGUAUUCAAAACCGUAAGUCCUACAACAUCUCCGACAUUUUUUGGCAUGAAACAUGAUUGGAGUAAUGAAAUGAGACUGAAGAAUGUUGGAGUCGUCACGAAAAACGAACACUUCAUUCCGACGUAAUUGACCAUUUGCGCAAUAGACUAAAUUUUGAACUAAACAAGUCUACACAAAAAUUUCAUCACAGCUUGAAGGAGCAUUACAAAAUUAGUAAUAUUCCAAAGUUUCGUUGCAAAAUGUUGUAAAAUGCGGAAAAUAUAGCCUUGCGAAAUUUGCAAUUUUCAGUCAUUUUAGAUUACAAACGAGAAAUUGACAGCCCCAAACCCUUCGAGGCUGUCAAUUUCCGGUUUGUAAUCUAAAAUGACUGAAAAUUGCAAAUUUCGCAAGGCUAUAUUUUCCGCAUUUUACAACAUUUUGCAACGAAACUUUGGAAUAUUACUAAUUUUGUGAUGCUCUUUCCAGCUGUAAUAAAAUUUUUGUUGAGAUCAAAAUUUAGUCUAUUACGCAAAUGGUCAAUUGUCAAAAGGUUUAUUUUACUGAAUGCAUACCGAUAUGUACUUUAUCUUAAGUAAAGUGCGACUAACCCCAAAUAUAAUUUUUGGUAUGUGUAUUAUUUGGGUCAUUCUAAGUAGAAAUGUAAUAUAUCUUUAUAGUAAGAAACCUCAUCUUGAUGAACUUUUUCCGGAUAUGAUGUCAAAGUUUCCGGAUAUGAUGUCAUUGGUGAAUUUUUGGUACAAAAAACAAAGGAAAAGUUAUUUGCAAUUCAUCUAAUGACAUCAUAUCCGCAAACUUUGACAGUGAAAAAGUUGAUCAAAUGGGAUGUUUUAUUAUAAAGAUGUAUUACAUUUCUUCUUUGAAUAACUCAAGUAUUACACAUAGCAAAGAUCAUAUUUGUGGGUAGUCGCACUUUAAAGACUAUAUGUAUACAUGCUGAGCAUGUUUUACCAAGCUCAGGAACCCGGAAAUAAUCACUGAACUCAGUGAGGUACAAGUAAAAAUGUUGAAGUAUCGCGCCUUGAUUAAGAUACCAGCAAGGCCCGCUCAUACUGUGGCUGGAAUGAAUGCUCUGCUGCAUGCAUGAACUAAACGCUAAGUUUAAAGUAUUUUUUGAUGUUAUUGUGUAGGAAUUCAUCAACAAGUGGGUGACGUCACAGAAUAGAGAUUUAAAG